AUGGCGCGUAAAUUCUUUGUUGGAGGCAACUUCAAGAUGAACGGCUCGACUGAGCAGAUCAAGAAGAUUGUUUCUGGUCUCAACAACGCUAAACUCAACCCUGAGGUUGAGGUAGUGAUUGCUCCCCCAUUCCCCUACCUGGCACUUGCUGCUUCUGAGAACAAGCAGUCGACUGUUGCUAUCUCCGGCCAGGACACUUACUACAAGGACAACGGUGCCUUCACUGGUGCCACCUCUGUCUCUAUGCUCCAGGACGUUGGUGCCACGUGGGUUAUCCUUGGUCACUCCGAGCGUCGCUCCCUGUUUGGUGAGACUUCGGAGGAGGUCGCCAAGAAGACCAAGUACGCGCUCGACAAGGGCAUGAAGGUCAUCCUCUGCAUUGGUGAGUCCAAGGAGGAGCGUGACAGCAAGCGCACUUUCUCGGUCUGCUCUGGCCAGACCCAUGCCGUCAUCAAGGCUCUCUCGCCCUCCGACUGGGCCAAUGUCGUCAUUGCCUACGAGCCGGUCUGGGCUAUCGGCACCGGCUUGACUGCCACUCCCGUAGAUGCCCAGGAGGUCCACAAGCAGCUCCGUGAGUUCCUCACCACCAACAUCUCUGCUGAGGUCGCUAACGCUACUCGUAUUAUCUACGGUGGCUCUGUCAACGCCAAGACUGCCCCUGACUUGUCCAAGGAGGCCGACAUUGACGGCUUCUUGGUUGGCGGUGCUUCCCUCAAGCCCGAGUUCAUCGAGAUCAUCAACGUUUGA